AUGGCUUCCAAAGCUGACUUUUUGCAAAAUAUCAUCAAUCAAACACUUGAUAGCGGCUAUUUUCCAAAAUUGUUCAUCGGACUUUUUGUAUUAGUUGUUACUAUAGCAUACUUAAAACGUGAUAGAAGCAAGGAAAUCCCAAGGGUGGGUGGUGUACCCUUCUUUGGGAGCCUCCGAACCCUCUCAAAACGUCCUCCACACAAAAUGCUUUCUCACCUGAAAAAGAAACAUGGUGAUCUUUUCUGGAUACACCUUGGAAGCAAGGAGACGUUGGUCUGUUGCUCGCUGGAAGGCAUGACGGAGGCUCUAUUGUGUAGAGGAGCUGUGUAUUGCGAUCGUCCUGAUACCUUCACUGCCUCGCUGCUGUACGGUGGCGACCGUUCGAAUGGUCUGGUCAUGGCUGAUUAUGAUGAUAAGUUCCGAAUGAAGAAGAAACUGCUAGAAUCUUGCAUGGUUGACAGAGGUGACAUCAUGCCUGAUGCUGAAGACAAAAUAGUCCAGAUGGUGGUGAAGAUCUGCUACGAGUUUGAGGAUCAUGCCGGAAGCUCUUUCAACCCAAGAGACGUCAUCGCUUGCGGAGUCAUGAACAUGAUAACACUAAUAGUAUUCAAUGAAGAAUUUGCUUACAAUGAUACUGAAUUCAUCAAACUCUUAUACACAAUGGACAUACGCUUUAAGUGUGGUUACUCCCAAAUUGGUGACUUUCUCCCACUGUUAAAAUUCAUUCCAUCAGAAAAGGCAAGACUUUUACACUUGACACACAAUAUGUUGAGGGCAUUUACAUAUCAACAGAUCAAUCAACACAAGGAAGACUAUGAACCCACUGAAUUCAAAGAUGUAGUGCAUAGAUUCUUACGCCAUCUAGAAUUGAAUGAAGACUUUGGUGCCUUAAAAGAUAUGGAUCUGAUUUGUAUGCUGAUAGACAUCAUGUCACAAAGUUUUGAGCCAGUGACUGCAACUCUUGAAUGGACGCUUUUGUACAUGGCAGCCUUCCCUGAUGUUCAAAACAAGGUCCAAAAGGAGCUCGAUGCAGUGAUAGGACGGGAACGCCUGCCACAGCUGGACGACCGAGACAAUCUGCCAUAUACUCGAGCAACAAUCUAUGAAAUCCAACGAAUGUCAACAGUGAUGCCUCUUAUGUUCCCUCAUUAUACAAUUGCUGGUACAAAACUACUAGGCUUUGAUAUUCCCCAGUUCUCAAACGUCUUGUUCAACUUGUGGAGUAUUCAUCAUGAUGGAAGAUAUUGGAAGCAACCAUAUACGUUUAAUCCUGAAAGGUUCCUUGACCCAGCUGGUAACCUUGUCAUCCCUGAAGCCUUCCAGCCUUAUGGUAUGGGCAGGCGAUGCUGUCUGGGGAAGGUUCUAGCAGACGCACAGGUCUUCCUCUUCUUCUCUAUCAUGAUGCAUCAGAUGUUUAUCAAACCGACACCAGGGAAGGAGGUCAACUUGGAGGGCGACUAUAUGAACUUUGUCCUUCAGCCCAAAAUACUCGAGAUACUGGUGGAGGAUAAUAGUAAAUCUAGGGACAAGAAAGCUACAUCAAAAUCAUGAGGAGUUAAUCUUCUUUGUCUUCACUUGUGGUUUUAAUAGUCAAAAGGACAGUAUGCCUUUUGGCACGUCUGCAUUUACAUCUAUGUGUAGCCAAUAACUGAGAUGUUUCUGGAAUAUCCUGUAAGGAAUAGAAGUCCAUAUAGGAAGGAACAUGAAGUAUGGGGUGUUAUUUUCACAGCCGACAAAAAAAUUAAGUUCAGAGAAAUAUUUGUGUGGCAGGAAAGAAUAGUCUCAUAGCUGAAUGGUUUAAUGAUCUCUUUGUAUAUUAGGAUAUCAUGUUGACCAUGAGUCCACUUUGUUGCUGUUGUGAAUUUAUUUAUUUAUUUAUUCAUACAAUUCCUCCACAGUAUGUAUUCUGAUUUAUGCGUGGGUAUCAAUAAUACACUGUAGUUGUUUGAAGCUCACUAUUUUGUGAAUGUCAUAUCUUAUGCUGUGAUGAAGAGCCUCAUAGCCUAGUGGUUAACAGUGCUGGCUACCAGGCAAUAAGGCCCGAGUUAAAUCAUGGAGAGAGAAACCAGCAUUGUAUUCCUAGAUGAGUCAGCGUGCAUGGCUUUCAUGGAAGGAAGUAAAAAUCCUGGCUCUCAACAAUAAGCUUGAGGCUCAGUGAGGGUCUGCCAGAUAUCGUCCACAGCAUGACAAGAUGACAUUAAGCCUAAAUUAGGAGCCCAAAAAAACAUUUAAGGAGACAUUGGCACAAUCACCUCUAAAUGUUGGUCUAGCUGCAGGUUUCGCCCAGCGUAUGGUGAAUAUGACACCGCCGUCCGUGAGGCCACAUGGAAGACACUAAUGCACAUCCAAGUGUCACGUGGUUUACCCAAGACGCGGACACGCCAUUGUCUCUAAUUUCCCGGGCAUCUUUUUGCCUGGUUUCGUCACGAAGUUAGCACCUGCCGAUCUAUCGGCAUCGUGUGUCGGGAUCCCUCCUUCACGCAGGAUGUGUAUGACGCAUUAGACAAUUUCGUCGUGUGAACUGGCGGUGGAGAUUGCGAACCCGGCCCGACACAACUUCUCAUGAUGACGCAUACGUGGGCUUGAAGUGAGCGGUUUUGUCUUUCUUCUGAGAAAACGGUGCAGACUUCUUUAUAACUGCAAAUACUGGCAUGAAUGAAACAAAUCAACGACUGUACAUUACACAAUGUCGAGAAACAUUUAUUCGUAAUAAUAUAUACGUGGUGAACUGCAUGAAACCGGAUUUGGAACAUCCAAAUACUCCGUGAAAAACUAAUACGACACUUCGACAAAGGACGACACUUUCUACUACACUAUAAAUCAAGUCAACUUUUAUCAUUUCACGGUGAAAUAGGAAUAUAUCUGGGCCGAUCGAGCUCUGCUAUUUGGAGUCCGGAGAUAAAUAUAGUCACUUUUAUAGUUUGUCAUCACACUUAAUAUUCUAAGAUGACGUCUGUCCGAUCUCUGAAUAGAUAUAGGGUUUGGCGUCAAGCAUCCAUCUCAAUAUACAGGUAAUGACACCACCCAAAAUAUCA